GGGGCCGGCUGCGGGGCGGCUCCGGGGCGGCUGCGGGGCUCCCGGCCGCUGCUCCCGGCCUUUCCGCGGUGGCGGCCGGCGGCCUGGCGCUGGGCGCGCUGCAGGGCGGCGCGAUGGAGCCCGACGAGGGGGAGGACCGCACGCCGCUGCUGAAGGAGCCCCGGCUCGACGGAGCGGUCCCUGCCUGCUGCUCAGCUCGCUACAAUCUAGCACUGCUGGCCUUUUUUGGGUUUUUCCUUCUGUACGCAUUACGGGUGAACCUAAGCGUUGCUCUCGUGGAUAUGGUGGAACCUAACACAAGCUUAGCAAAGAAUACAACUUCCAACGUGUGUCCGGAGCAUUCCUCCACCAUAAAUACUCCUCGCAACACAACGGGGAAAAAGUAUUCUUGGGAUGCUGAUACGCAGGGAUGGAUCCUUGGUUCUUUUUUCUAUGGGUAUAUCAUUACACAGAUUCCAGGCGGAUAUCUUGCAAGCAAAAUCGGUGGGAAGCUCUUGUUGGGGUUUGGUGUCUUUGGCACGUCGGCAUUCACCUUGCUUACUCCCUUAGCUGCGGAUUUGGGAGUUGGCUACCUCAUAGCUGUCCGAGCCUUGGAAGGACUGGGAGAGGGUGUUACCUUCCCAGCUAUGCAUUCAAUGUGGUCUUCUUGGGCUCCUCCACUGGAACGCAGCAAGCUCCUCAGUAUUUCAUAUGCAGGUGCACAGCUGGGAACUGUAGUCUCUCUGCCACUGUCUGGUUUAAUUUGUUACUAUAUGAACUGGGUUUACGUGUUUUACAUAUUUGGUGCACUUGGCGUCUUAUGGUUCUUCUUCUGGAUGUGGCUGGUUAGUGACACACCGGAAACUCACAAGAGCAUUUCACAUGCUGAAAGGGAAUAUAUACUUUCUUCUCUAAAAGAUCAGCUUUCUACACAGAAAUCCGUUCCCUGGAGGCCUAUGCUGGAGUCCCUUCCACUCUGGGCUAUCGUUGUGGCACACUUCUCUUAUAACUGGACUUUCUAUACACUUCUCACACUCUUGCCCACAUACAUGAAGGAGAUCCUGCGGUUUGAUGCACAGGAGAACGGUUUUUUAUCUGCUCUACCUUAUUUUGGCUGCUGGUUAUGUAUAAUUCUGUCUGGGCAAAUUGCUGAUUAUUUACGGGAAAAACAGAAGUUGUCCACUGUUUGUGUUCGCAAAUGUUUUACGCUAAUAGGAAUGAUUGGACCUGCAGUGUUCUUAGUAGCAGCUGGAUUCAUAGGAUGCAACUACGCGCUGGCUGUUGCAUUUGUGACCAUAUCAACAACACUAGGAGGAUUUUGUACGUCUGGUUACAGCAUCAACCAUCUGGACAUAGCACCUUCGUAUGCUGGGAUUCUUCUUGGGAUCACAAAUUCUUUUGCUACUAUCCCAGGAAUGGUGGGGCCAGUUAUUGCCAAGAGCCUUACUCAUAAUAACACUGUGGGAGAAUGGCAGACAGUUUUCUAUAUUGCUGCUUCCAUUAAUCUAUUUGGAGCAAUUUUCUUUGCAUUAUUUGCAAGUGGAGAAGUUCAGGACUGGGCAGUCAGUGGUUAUCACUUGCAUCGAAACUGAAGGAGACAUUGAAAAUACCAAAGCUGUACUGAAUCCCAAUGUGCUAGAAUUAUGUGACCAGAAAAGUGCCUUCCCUACUGAUGCCUAGGAACCUUCAGAGCCUUUCAGUUAAAAUAUUUUAUCUGUGUAUCUUUUGUACUGAAAAUCAUUUGACAUUAUGUGUGUGCUAUUUCCUAACAAGAAACUACUUGGAUUAAAUAGAAUAGAUUCAUGCUAGAACUUGAUAUCAAAUAUAUGAUCAGAGACAGCGUUUUAAAUCAGUGUGCUAGGAUCCAUUUCCUUCCAGUUUUUAAUUAAUAUUUUCUGAAUUAAUGUGUAGGCAGAUAUUUGCUGAUACUGAAAUGAGGGGAAAAAGCAAAGUGAUUAUGUAGCACUAUGAGGAGGAAUGGCAUGCAAAGAAUUGUACACAAAAAAAGCGGUGUUUUGAUUUCCAUGAUGAGAUUGAUAGUUUUUCGCUGUUUAAAAAGCUAAAAGAUUUCUAGUUUUCUACAAUCUUUUAUAAAGCUUUUAUUUUGUCAGUGUUUUAAUUGAUGUCUAAGAAACGCACACUUGAUUUUACUCUGUUUUACGCACAAGUUUUCAAAUAGAAACAUUCCCUGUUUCAAGAAUACAGCUUCACAAUUGAUACAAAGCAAUGAGGAAGUGAAAUACGCAGUUGUGACUGACAGAAUAAGCCACGUGUUACUGUUCUCUGUAGUGCAGGUUUUCUUAAAUAGGCCUUAUUUUUAUUCAGCUGUGCAAAGAAGAAGCAGUGCAACUCUGGUUUAAAUCUAGGCAGCGUACAAGAAUGAACUAGAAAUAGAGUAUCUGCAUGUUUACAUGAAAAUAACUUUCAAUUUGGCGGUUCGUUUUUGUCUGUUAAAAUCAACGCAGUGGAAUUAUUUCCUCUUUCACAUAGAUAUAUUUGUCAGCUUGUCAGUGUAAAUGCAAUAAAAUAAGGCCAUUGUAGGGAAUAAAUGAGGAAAAUCAGUUCUCCAGUAGCCUUGUUAGUCAGAUAAAAGUAGAAUAAAAAGAACUAGUGCAAUAUCCUGAUGCUAUUAAUCUCCCAUCAGCAUAGAAUUUGACACUCAAGAGCAUCCUUUGCACGACAGGCAAUUAAAUGCCACACACUAAGAUUAAAUUAAGUCUAUGAAAACAGUGGCCUAGUUAAGAACAAAUGGCUGAAUAAUCUUGUAGUCACAAAGCAAAGCAAAAUUCCUGUGCCAAAGAUUCCUGGAUUGGAGCAAUUAGGUAAAAAAAUAAAUAAAAAAUAAAAAUCACUGGGCUCUGGGUUUUUCAUUUACCACCAAUGCAAAAGAAAAGCCCAGUACUAACACUGCUCCAGUGGAGCCUACCUUCCUUCAUUUCUAGGAAAUGGCAUCUGCCUCCUCUUUUUAGCUUUAGCCGUUUGGUUUUGACCUUCCUUGAAGUGUCAUGUUCUCUGAUGGUGGAACUGUGUUUAAAUCUGUGUUUGUCUGCAGCAUUUCCACAAUAAACUGUGUGAAGUUCAGAUGGAAAUAGUAGUUCAGUGAGAGUAUGUUAAGGCUAUAUUGUAUCUUUAUUGUUUCCACAAUAAAUGGAACGAGUAUUUACCUGUGCAUCUGUUGUUGAAAAUAACCAUCUCCCUGAAGUUAGAAUACCAUCUUCAAAUUAAAGUAUGCUGAACAAGAUUGGUGGCUGGAGUGAAGAAUGGUUAAUGUUUUCCUGAAAAAUUACCUGCUUCAGGAGUUACUUGUCUAACUCUACAGAUGUACCAAAGUAAGGAGGUGUGCUCUCCAUUCCAUCGAGAAAACUCUGAUUAGGAUGCCUUCCUGGAAUGAGGGAAGUCGUUUCAAUAAACAGAUACUGUCCAUUUCAAAGCAGGAGUUGAAUCACUGCUUUGGGAGCAAGUUUAAGUGUUUCCAGAUUUGGCCUCAGUGCUGACUCAACACGCGUUCCACAUUUAAAGGGGACGAAGUCUACUUUAUACAGCACGUGUGAUACCGGCUUUUAACCCCUGAAACACCGUUCCUCUGUGGAUUGCCUCACAAAACCACACCUGCUGUUUUUCACAAGAGUUGUUACGGAAAGGGACUACGAGGAGUACCAGCGCGUGUGGACUGACCUCCCACGUAACAUCACUUCGCUGAUAGUCCUUGUCAAGGAGAAGCCCAGUUCCUGACUCCGUGCAAGAAGAACACUCGUUGUGCCUCUCUCUCUGCAACACCCUUUUUAAAGCUGCUAUAAUCUCUUCCCACAAUUGGAGGACUGUUGUAAGCUAAAAAUUAAUAUCAAAUAUGCUUCAUAGACCAAUUAAAAAUUUUGACUUUCUUCUGGAUUGUGUCACAUCUUGAGGGGUGACUCCUAAGCUGGACAAAGUAUCCAAGCAGAAGCUUUCAUCAGUGCUAAGUAGAAUGGAAGGUUUAUUUCAUGUAUCUUCCAACACUUCUGUUUAUACACCUCAGUAUGUUUGCUUUUUUCACAAGAGUAUGGCAGUGUUGACUCAUGUUCAGCUUGUGAUCCACUCUAACCCUAGGCCAUUUUCUACAGGAUUGCUGUUUAGCUGCUGUUUCUCCUGUGUUUGUGCAGUGAACUGCAAAACAACAAAUAUUAAUCUUGAUUUAUUUCCUAAUUAUUGUAGACCAUUUCUCCAGCUUGCUCAUGUUACUCUGAAUCCUGCUCUUGACCUCUGAAGUGCUUAAUCCCCCUCCCAGCAUGCCAUUUUAAAUCACUUUUGUGUGUAUUUAUAGCUGUCUAUCUGUAUGGUGGAAUAAUGUCAUUCCACACAAACAGAUUUGAUACAACCUUCCAUAGUGAUACUACCAAUUACUUUGUGUGUGUGUGUGCCUUUUUCAGCUGGUCUCUCACCUCCAUUAUUUUGUCCAAAGUUUGCUGAGCUUAGUUCUGCAAGCUGCGUGCAAGGAGUGUCAAAUCUUCCCCUAAGUUAAAUAAAUCCACAUUUCUCCAUCCAUGAGCCUGUUAAACCUGUCACAGUAGAAAAGAUGAGUUUGAUGCAAUCUGCUCCUAACAAGUCUGCAGCUGUUACUUAUCAACCCAUUAUCUUCUUAAAACUAGUUCAUUUGUUCCAAUAUAUUUUUCCAGGAAUUGAAAUUAGGCAGACAGCUCCAUAAGUGCCCAGCUUGUGCGUGCAUUUUCUUUUUUUAUUCAAUUUAGGGAUUUUUUUCUACUUUUCCAGUGUUCUGGAACCUUCUCCAUUCUGUAGUUUUCAGAGAUAAUCAGUAGUGGCUCCAAGAUAGCUUUGUCUGGCCAAAUACUUCAGAAAGACUGUAUUAGUCAGCUAACUAAAAGAGAGAUUUUUAGGUAAAUGGCCUCCUGUUUCUAACAAGUACACCCUCCCCGCACAUCAAGUUCUUUCUCCUUUUGUGUUUAGUUUUUUUGUUUGUUAAGGUUUGUUUGCUUGUUUUCUAGCAUAAUUAAAUGCGGAGCACUCCUUCAUCUGUUGCUGUACUGCUUUUACCAAGCAGGUCCCGUUGUUUGUUGCCAAUUACAAGUAAUCAACUUCUAUUUCUCCCAUAAUUUGACUACCAAUAGCCUCGAAACUUUUUAUGUCAUCACGUCCAAACUCAUGAUCCUUCCUUUACAGGAUUUUCUUUCCAGAGACUAAGCCAAACUACCUUUCAGUCAACUCAAUAUAGAUUGAACAGGGCAAGAGUAAGUACUUUUCCAGAUCUAGAUUUAUUCCCAUAGUUCUCUGAAACCUUUCCAAACUUUGUAUGCUUCAAAUCUAAAAUUGCUGAAUAAAUGUCAAGCAUAUACUAAACUAAAUCUGAGCGUGGCUGCUGAAGGACCUGAUCUGCACCACUUCUGGUGACUGUGGUUAUCACGUAGCAAGAAUCCUUUAAGUGUGAUUGCAGUGGAAGCUGAUCCACAGCAUGAGUGAUGCCAAUGCUUGAAGCCACGGCAACAUCAAGAUGGGAGAGAUCAAGGUGGGAGAGUGGAAAUAUGGAUGGCACUUCAUCCAGAGGAAUAUCUGGACGUGUCUGCACCAUCCUUACUAGCACAAGUCUCAGGGACUGCCGCCUUCCUCCUUUGGCCAAUCCAUCCACUCUCUGUUUGUAGCGGACUUCAGUGGUCUGCACCAAAAGCUCCUUUAUGUUUCUCUCCCUUUCAGCCUUCAGCAGCAUCUCAAGUUUUCUUUCUUCAUAUAAAGCAACCCCCUUCUAGGAAAUCUACCUUUAAACUUUGCCUCCUUCCUUGAAAAUGUGUUUUUUUUUUUUUUCUUGUGUUCAGCAGGAAGGCAGAAUGGGGGAAUGCAAAAGGUCUGCAAGAUGAGAACAGGGAAUUUUAGCUUUUCUGUCGGUGAACUUCCAGCUUGCUGGGUGCAUGAGCCAGCUCCAAAGGCAGCAAAAUUAACCUUAUGCAUGGACAUUCAACAAAGCUAUCAGAGUAUAUAGCUCAGUUGCAGGUGAGGGCUCAGCAGAAACCUUUAAAAUGUGUGGUCAGUGAGUGAGGAGUUGAGGUACCACUUAAAAGUUUCAUCUCAGACUUAUCAGCGUGAAAGUAUGAAUCAGUUGCUUAAGGCAAAAUGACUAUUAGCACAAGAGACCAGAGCUUUAAAAUGGAGUUUUGGAAGAGAAGUUCAUGAUAAAUAAAGAACAAGAGCCAAACUGACCUUACCCACUGGAUUUCUGUUCAGUACCUGCCUCUGUCUGUAUGUACAGUGCUCUAUUUUUUAUACUCACAUUUAGGCUGUGCUUUGAAUUGAACUCCUAGAAGGCCUUAUCAGUUACCUUCCUUUAGGAUGUCCAAAAUGUGGUGGGAUGCAGUGAAACUCUGAUCCCAUUCAGGGAAAAGAGUAAAUGCCCUAGCCUCUUUGCUGUUGCAAAACACUAAUGUAAAACCACAGAACAGUUUAACAAAUUACAUUGUUUCUCUGUAAUAGUGGUGGUUAGUUUGUCAGCCCUUCACCUUUAUUCUGCAUCAGUGUCUAGUAACAGCUCUUUGCCUGGAGCCAGGUCAUCAGCUGGUAUAAAUUAGCCUAGCCCUAGUGAAGGAUGUGAAGCUUUGUCAGGUAGCUACACGUGAAGGGUCUGUUCUUGGUAGCACUAAAGCAGCAAUUGCCUCUUGGAUCUGAUGUCCUUGAGUUGUCCACGUGUAUCUGUUCAGUUCCAGGAAAAAAUAAAAAAAGAAGAAGAAAAAAGCCUUACUGAAGCAGCCAUACGUGAGGUUCAUUUCUUCCCACUUGAAACACUUCUACCCUAAAUCAGAUGUUUUCCUCUUCUAGUUCAGUAACACAGGGCUCCACAGAACAGAAGUUUUGGCAAAGAAAGGGAGGUUUCAAUACAGCAUCUGCAGAAUGUCCCUGCCCACUCUGGUACAAAACCUUUGGUGCUGUAACGGUUCAAGUGGUACUAAACAUUCAGU